GAAAAUUUAGGAAUUUGCCACAAUCUGAUGUAAUCGCAUUUUCGCCAGAUUCUUUUAAUUCAAGACCUGGCAACCUUCGCUAUCUGACUACGAAACAGCUGAUUUAUGUUUAUGUUCGAAAAUCAACAAAUCAACGUGAUAUUCUAACAAAAAUGGUGAGGAUCAAAAAUCGUUAUGUAGUAGUCAGAAUAGUGCCAGAAAAACCGACGAAUAUACUAAAAAUUGACGAUGCCGUACUAGCAAAAUCUGUGCUACGCAAUGUGAAAAAGUACUACGGUGACUAUGGGCUAGGGACUGUGGAACAUGGUUUUCGCGUGAAAUACUGUAAUGAACGCACAAAAAUAGCCAUAAUGAGAUGCUUACAUCGAUCACAUCGUACCUUGACGAGUACGCUGCCGUUGAUAACUAUGAUCGGAGAUGUGCGUGCAAAAUUCCAUACGCUCUACGUCGGUGCUACUAUAAUACAUUGCAACAAAUUCAUAAUAAAUCACCAGCAAAGAUUUUUGGACGAAAUGGUGGGUCAAAUUGCGUCUGCGAAAGAACGCAAGGACUUCAUCAAACGUGUUAUGGAAUUCGAUCUAGAGCAGUAGCAACGUUGAUGCGCUUCCAUAGCAAUUAACAAUUUAUCGUAGAGUAAAUAAAUUUACUUUUUUCUAUA